CUCAUCCUCACCAUUCAAGCAUCACCCAGCCGAGCCAGCCGAGAGAGCCUCGUCUCGUCGGGGGUAAUUCCCUCGAACACCUCGCGCGCGCUCUCUCCCCUGCCUUGUCCGAUCGAAUGGCGUAGCGGGCGGGGCGUUGGGGGAGACGGUGAAGGGUGCUUGGCUGGCGCGGGCAUGGCUGCCGCCGCGGUGGUGGCUUGUUUCUCCCCCUCUUUGUGCGCUGCCUCGCUCCCGCGCCCUCGGGUUUGCUUCGGGAGCACCCGGCAAGGUUCUUGGAGCUGCCUCGCUUCGAGCAAUGGCUGCGGGGCGCUCCGCCACGCGGGGAUGCGGUCGCGGUGGAGGGGCGCGGUGCUUGCCAAGGCGGACGAGGCAGACAAGGACAAUGAGGCCGGCUUGGGGUUCCGCAAGCCGGGCCACAGGAGGCUGCGCCUGAGGCUCCGGCCGCGGCUGCGCCUGCUGUGGUGGCGGCUCCGGCGGCUGUCUCCGCGGGACCUCCCGGGGGACGCCGCGGGCGUGCUGCGGCGGGCCGUUCGGCGCGUGCCGCCGGCCGCGGCCGCGCCCAUCGUCCUGGCGGUCCUCCUCCUCGCCGCCCGGCUCGCGCUGCCCAAGAACGCCGCGAAGGAGGUGGCCUACUCGGACCUCCUGGCGGGCCUCCGCGCGGGCGCCGUCACCGCCGCCGCGUUCGAGGAGGACUCGCGGCGCAUCUACUUCCGCAAGGCCGCGGACGACGUGGGCAGCAGCGACGACGCGGGCGAGACCGGUAGAAGCGCCGCGGCGAAGUGGCCUUACUACGCGAGGAGGGUGCCGCACGACGAGGGGUUCCUGCUGGGGCUUAUGAGGGACGGCGGGGUGGACUACCGGUCGGCGCCGCGGCCGGCGGGGAGGCUGCUGGUGGACAUGCUGAGCACGCUGCUCACGCUGUGGGUGUCGCUCCUGCCGAUGAUGUGGUUCAUACAGAGGCAGAUGUCCGCUGGGGGCGGCGCGGACAAGCGGCGCCGGCCAAGGAAGCAGAGAGUGGGGUUUGACGAUGUUCAGGGUGUCGAUGAGGCCAAAGAGGAGCUCGUGGAGGUAGUGAGUUGCUUGCAUGGUUCGCUGAACUAUAAGAAGCUGGGAGCAAAAUUACCCAGGGGUGUUCUUCUUGUUGGGCCUCCAGGAACUGGGAAAACUCUGCUUGCAAGGGCAGUUGCAGGAGAGGCUGGAAUUCCUUUUUUCUCUGUUUCUGCUAGUGAAUUUGUUGAAGUUUUUGUUGGAAGAGGAGCAGCCCGUGUCAGGGAUUUGUUCAAGGAAGCCAAAGAAGCUGCCCCAUCUAUCAUUUUUAUUGAUGAACUUGAUGCUGUGGGUGGAAGUCGAGGAAGAAGUUUUAAUGAUGAAAGGGACCAAACUUUAAAUCAGCUCCUUACUGAGAUGGAUGGUUUUGACUCAGACAUGAAAGUUAUUGUCAUGGCUGCUACUAAUAGGCCUAAAGCAUUGGAUCCUGCUCUGUGUCGCCCUGGGCGCUUCUCAAGAAAAGUUUUGGUUGGCGUGCCUGAUUUGGAGGGGCGCAGGAACAUUUUGGCUGUUCAUUUAAGGGAAAUUCCUUUGGAAGAGGAUCCUGAAAUAAUUUGUGAUCUGGUUGCUAAUCUAACCCCAGGAUUGGUUGGUGCGGAUCUAGCAAACAUUGUGAAUGAGGCUGCAUUGCUAGCAGCUCGAAGGGGCGGCAAUAGUGUGGCUCGGGAGGACAUUAUGGAUGCAAUUGAGAGGGAGAGAUAUGGGGUCAACGGUAGACAAGAGAAUGCUGACUCUGAAAAGCAAGGCCUCACCAAAUUGUUUCCAUGGUUACCUAAACCUGGAAAUAAACCAAUGAACCCAGAUGAUAUUGGAGGAGUUAUGGGAUAUCAUACAUUAAGCUAACUGGAGAUUUUGCAAG